AAAGGCGAUCGGUUAUCACGUUUUAAAUACACCGUUUUUUGUACAUAGAUGAUAUGUACAUAUGUAGUUAAUCCUAAAUUGUGGAAUAGGAGAAGACAUAAUUCGAAAAGAUAAGCGCAAAGAUUGUAUACGGAGAUAUAUUGAGAUAAAGGAAAAAAUAAAAAAGCAAAAUCGGGAUCAAUUUUAAUUAAUUCAAUAUGGAACGCGCGUUUUCAUCAGGUAGUCGUCAGGCUCCUGAUCCUAUUGAUCAAUUUUUAGAGGGGCAUAAUUACUAUCGUAAACACACCGCCCGUGAUGCAUCCUGUUUAUUUCGAGUAAUAUCGGAACAAAUAUAUGAUAGUCAGCUACAUCAUAUGGCGAUACGGGAGAAAUGUAUUUCUUAUAUGCGCAAGCACUGGCAAUUUUUCCAACGUUUGGUUGAACGGGAUUUCGAUGAAUAUUUAGAUGAUAUGUCCAAAUUAAAAACAUAUGGAACAUUAUUGGAGCUGCAAGCAGCAGGACGUUUGUUUCAGCGCAAUAUUAUAUUAUUUGAACCAUUCAACUUGGGUAAUCACUUUAACGAGUAUCGCGUAUAUUACGAUGCGGUAUUCAGAGUCUUUUAUAGUCCAGAAAGGCAUUUUGAUUCUGUAUUUACCGCGGAGUAUAUACGAGAAGCGGCAAUUUGUCAGUCAAUUUGUUAUGAAAUCAUUUAUAAAGAUCUUUUUAAAUUACCCGAUGUAACAUUUGCUGUUGAGCAAAUGUUGCAUGCGACUGGUUUCGAAAAUGUUGGAUGUCUAACGCAAGACGCUAACGACGGGUAUUGUGUAAAUAUGAGUCUGACAGACGGUCGAUUUUUUCAAUUUGAUUUACCUCAAAAAACAAAUUGCAUCCUGGAGAAUUAUAAAUAUUGUCAUUUUCAUUACGCAAAUUUCCCAAGAUUUUCACAAGAUUUAUUAAAUCAGAUCAAGCAAACAAAAUGCGACGAACAUGAAAAUUCGUUGCUGAUUCGUACGACUGAAUCAUUUUUGACAAAAAAAGAUAUUUCGUGCGUCCGACAAUUGUUGGAAGAAGGAAUAACGCCAUUUCCAUAUAAGGUGGCGAAGGCGCUCGAUUCGAAUAUGUAUCGUAAUAUUGAAUUCGAUACGUGGAGUGAGAUGCGAAAGGAGAUGAAAUUGCAGAAUUGGUAUAACGGUGAUUCGAACUUUAAGGUUGGGGCUAAAUGUCACGUUAAGUUAUGCAAAUCGGGAGAGGGCAUGUUUACGUGCCACAUUCAAGAGAUGGCCGCGGAUAAGGGUUAUUGUAUUGUUUUUGUAGAGCGAUUGGGGGAAAAGCGUAUUGUACCCUAUGAGUCUUUGUCUCCGUUACCACCUGAUCAAUUUAAACCCUGGAGUCUUCCCUAUCGUUUUCAGAGGCAAAUGAAAAAGUACAGUUCUCUACGUUUUACCCGACAUUGCAAUUAUCAUUUUAAAGUCGGAAAAGAUGAAAAUUUCGCUGAUUGCAAUGACCUAAAAAGCGAGUUAUGCUGCUAUAAGGCUGGCCUUGCUAUCGAAAAUGAUAAAUCGCUGCAACGGCAAUGUAGAAAUUCGAAAUAUAAACUGAAUCAAUAUACACAUUUGGAAAAUUUUCGAACUCACGCUAUGGAGUACUGUACCAUGCCGCUGGCGAUAAACAUGCACUCACGCAACGAUGAGAGUAAUAAAAAAUCAUCAAAUACGAGUGAACCUUAUCGUGCACCGGCAUAUUCGUCCCAAUGUCAUUUCCCGAUGGAACCGAAAGAUGAGACAACUGUUGAGAAUGCUCUUGUUUUCGCUGGCCAUUCAAAUUUGGCAAAUUGCGAAUUCGAACAGCAGGCCGCUGGCCCAGGUCCCAUACAUAUGUCUGACAUUCAGUGUUUUUAUCAUCCGUUGCAACCAUAUGCUGGAAUGUUGCCAGAAGAUUAUCCUGGUUACGCGUACGAGUGCAACAUACCACCGGCACCAAUGCAACCGUCAUCAUUCGUUCCUAUCGUAAACGGAGCUCCAGGUCCACUCUAUUAUGUUUGCAAUUCGGCGGGUAACGUGUAUAUGUCUCCUACAUUAAGUAUGCAAUCAUCAAUUUUACCUCCACCAACUGGUCCUAAGCUCUUAUUGCCAGGCAAUUCAUAUCACAAUUCCGCGCCGUCGCUUAUUCCAAAUUCGGAAACAAGUGUAACAACAAAAAUUAAUCAACCGGUAGGAAAUCAGCAGAACGUUUCUCCGCCUGCGGGUCCAAGCAAUGCUGUUAAACAAAAUUCUACCAAUCAUCCCAUAAUUAAUUAUCGGAUUCAUUUUGACGCUAAACGAUCUGUUAAGGCAGACGGUGCUGAUCUACCGACAAAUGUAGCAACAUUGCGCCACUUCUAUAAUCUUGGCAUCGAUUAUUAUCACAAAUAUUUGAAGCGUAAUAAUUCAGACGUUGAACUUAAGGAGCAUGUGAAUAAAACAUCGGGCGAUUUGAAAAAUUGGAAGCGACGUGAAAACGUUAAUCAAGCCAUUGAGACGAACCAAGUCGAUUCAAAUAAUAACAUUCAAUAUUCAAACAAUAAUAAUAAAUAUAACAAUAACAACAAUAAGGCGAAUCAACAACGUCGUUUUAUAUCACGUUAUUUUAAUAACAGAAACCGGCACGGUGGCAGUGCACCCUCAAAUAGAUCGAUGAUAAAACAGUCGUCGCCCUCUCUUCAUAAUUCGUUUCGCACUCAAAGCAACAGUAAUAGUAGUAAAAAUUCAUCGGCUAGCAGUGUGCAAAAUAUUCCCGUAGAAGCCGUCUCAAAGUUAACUCAGAAUCCAAAGCAUGUGCAGCAGGCAACACAUCUAUCAGCGAAAGAUCAAUCGUCGAUGAGUGGCUUCGAUUCAAAUUCGGCUACGGAAUUUGGCGUAGAAAAUUUUAAUAAGGCCACCUUUUACGGUCAGUAUGGUCCUUACGCUUUUAAUAUUAAUAAUGAGCAAUACGGCGAAAAUCGGACGGUGGGUAAUUAUCUCCCACCUACCACUCAUGCCAGGCCUUUUGUACAAAUGCAAAUGACGGUCGCACCAUGCAACUUUCAACUGCCCGGUGUUGGUAUGCAUUCAUCUGUAAUUGCACCCCCCGAUGAACAUGCUGGAUCAUCUUUAUCAAACAUUACAAUGUCGUUGCCCUCUUCGGAAAAUGGAAAUUUACAAUCCACUUAUCCGCCACCUGCUGUACCGCUUGUUUAUCCCUCAUGCGUUAUGCCAACAUCGUUAAACGCUACCAACCCUAAAUCGAUACCUCUUGAUGGCGGUGUAAAUAUUGCAAAUGGUCCAAAUAUAAUGGCGCCUCAUCAUAGCCCGCUUGCUCACAUCGGAGCUCCACAGGGUUACUGGUGUUUGCCACCAACUCAUCAAACGGCUUUUCAGCCGAAUACCAUUCCCUUGCUAUCUGGCGCUGUUGCAAAUAUUAACUUAGCGGCUGAAACGCAAGAAUCUCUUAUUAACACUAAUCGUAAUAAAACCUUUGAAAAGUCGACAACAAAUAAUUAAAACUAAUAGCAAUAUAUGCGCAAAACAUUUUGACUCUUCAAUCCAUCUGAUGACAUAGUAUUUUCAGUAUGUACGCGCAUUUACAUACAUAUAUUAAAAUUUUAGCCAUUAGGUGUAGUACGUUUUAUAAUAAUAUUUAAACAACAGUUUA